CCCCCUCCAUUGGGUACAUUGUUUUUUUAAUUUCUAAUAUCUCGUCCACAUUUUUUUCCUCUCUUCAUAAAUAACGUGGAAGGUAGGGCGUAGACUUAGAUGGGAGGGCUGUGGAGCAGCAGCAGCGUCGGCUCGAAAGAGGAACAAGGGGAGAUGGCGCUCGCCAAGGCCAAGGAGCUUGUCUCUUCUAAUCCCGUCAUGGUCUUCAGCAAGUCGUACUGUCCAUACUGCACACGGGUGAAGCAGUUGCUAUCCCAGUUAGGUGCCAGUUAUAAAGUGAUUGAGUUGGAUGUGGAAAGUGACGGGUCUGAGGUACAGUCAGCACUGGCAGAAUGGACUGGACUGAGGACAGUUCCCAACGUCUUUAUUGGUGGAAAUCAUAUUGGUGGUUGCGACAAUGUUAUGGAGAGGCACAACGGAGGUAAGCUGGUACCCCUGCUGACUGAAGCUGGUGCUCUUGCUAGUCCUGCAGCAUAGAUAUUAUAACUCGUUUCGUGGUCAUGGUUAGGUAAGUGAAAAAUAAGGAAUCAGUCUUGUGGACGUUUUCAUAUAAUUAUGCUAUAAAAAGAGUUAAUAUCAGCUGUGGCAGCUGUUCGCUGGUACUGGCAUGUCUUUCCUUGCUUGUCUCGGAUAUUGGAAAUAAUAGUUUGAACUUUAGUGUGCUGGUUGUGCUGAUAUUUGAAUACC